UUCCUCAGUUACUCGAGACGAUCGCACGACACACGACGCAUUCCGCAUUUCGGGUAUUUUCGUGAUUAAUUUCGGAUAUCGCUCUGAAGACAGACGCAUUAGCAUAGAUACCCCCAACUUCAAUUUGUUUCGUGAAUGUCGUACAAUCGGUCCAGAAAUCUCAACGCCAGUGAUGAUCUAAGCAAUAUUUUAAGAAUAUAUGAUUGAGCCAGUGUUUUUUACAAAGUGAAAGAGGUCAAGUGCGUUGUUUGCAUAACCAAGUGACCCAGAAAAGUGUGAAAUGUGCUCCAGAGUGAUGGAUUUAUGCUGAAAACUAAUUGCAGAGUAACAUAUGCAAAGGAAAAGUGCAAUUGAAAUAGUUUGAGAGUAAUUGUUCAAGUUUAUUUGAUUAUCUUAGUGGCAACACACAUUUAAAAAAUACCGAAAAAUACCGCUAGCCAAGAUGAGUCAAUCUUGUAUACCUGUGAACGCGAAAAUGUCGAAGGCAAAGAAAGUUUUGGAUGAAGCCCGUGAAACACAAAACCGGGAGUUGGACCUGGUGGACAAGGGGCUCAGCUCCUUUGAGGAGCUCCCAGGAUUGUUCAACAUGUCCAACAUCACUCGCCUCACACUGUCACAUAACAAGAUCAGUGUGAUCAGUCCUGGAAUCGCCAAUCUUCUCAACCUGGAGAUCCUGAACCUCUCGAACAACCAACUGACGGAGCUGCCCGUUUCGCUGUCAUCCAUGCCAAAGCUGAGGAUCCUGAACGUGUCCAUCAACCGGCUGAUAAAUCUGCCUCGAGGCUUCGGCGCCUUCCCCGUCCUGGAGGUGUUGGACUUGUCCUACAAUAAUCUCAGCGAGCAUGUCCUGCCCGGCAACUUCUUCGGCAUGGAGACACUGCGAGCCCUAUAUCUGGGUGACAACGACUUCGAAUACCUCCCGAAGGAGGUGGGCCAGCUGAAGAAUCUUCAGAUCCUGGGCCUGCGGGACAACGAUCUGCUGGAGCUGCCACGUGAGGUGGGAGACUUGGUGCGCCUCCGGGAACUGCACAUCCAGAACAACAGGUUGCAAGUGCUGCCCCCCGAGAUCGCCCAGCUGGACCUGCUGAGCAACAAGUCCGUGAUGAAAAUGGAGGAGAAUCCUUGGGUCAAUCCCAUUGCGGAGCAGUAUCUGCUGGGAAUCAGUCAUGUUAUUGACUAUCUGAAAACUGAGACCUAUAAGAUCAUUUAUAACCGGCAUAUGCAGGCAGGACGCAGUGGACCACCACCACCAAAGGCCGACAAAACCAAGAAGGCCUCCAGGUUACGGGCAUAACUUAAGGAAAUCCUUUAGGCUCCAGUCCUUGGAAUUCGUCAUGUGUUCGUUCCGUUUGUUGUUAACCAAAUCGAUUUUUGUAUACUAAUUUCUAAGUAAUUGUAAACUAAUAU